UGCUUGGCAUGGCUUGUUCGUCUUCGAGGCGCUACCGAGCAUAAAUGGAGGGUGCUCGCAGAGACAGAGGCGUCGUCUUUUGGCGUUGGUCUGGAAGCAUCGCAUGCAUUUGAAAGGGCGGCCAGCAUGGAUUUGACAGCAUUGGGAAGAAAGCUUGAUUCGAGGGUCUACACGGUACGGCAACUGGGGCGGGUGGUCACGACGGGCUCAGGGUGUAAGCGUUGCCCAACUACGUGCAUGCGGUCGGCCCGGCCGCUUUUUAAUAUACCCCGUGGUAGCGUCUAG